AUGGAACUCAACGACAAUCAGCUGGCUGCAGUCACAGAGAGUGCACAGUGUGUCAUUGUGGUGGCAGGCGCCGGGAGUGGCAAGACUCAGACCAUCGCUCAUCGCAUCGUCCACCACCUCCAGACCACACAAGGCGCCCGGCCCGAUGCCGUCCUCGCCCUCACGUUUACCAACGCGGCGGCGGCCGAGAUGCGCGACCGGCUCAACGCGCUCGACCCAAUGUCACGGCCGGGAUGGGCAUGCACCGUGGCCACAUUUCACUCGCUCUGCCUGCUCAUCCUCCGCGAGCACGCACAUUGCCUCGGCUUUGACUCGAUCACCGUCGCCUCCCGCGACACGGUCCGAGGCUUGCUCGAGCAGGCUCUCUCUGAGUGGCGCGAUGCUGAUCCGGAGCACCCACCAGCGCUCUCGGACAAGGCGCUGGACGCGUUGCUGCGGGGACUGGAUGAGGUAGGCACAGGCGAGGCGUCGGAUCCGAUGCUCGACUUUGUGGCGGCCCGGUAUGCGGAGCUCAAGCGCGAGGCGUCGACGUGCGACUUUGGCGACCUCAUCGCCCACGUGCGGACCCUGCUCCGGCGUGACAACCGAGUCCGCGCUGCGCUUCACAGCCGCUUCUCGUUCAUUGUGGUCGACGAGUUCCAAGACACUUCGCAAGCGCAGAUGGACAUUCUCGCGCUUCUUGUCACCCCACCAGAGCUGGAUCCGGCCACAGAUCCGUGGCACUUUCGCCCAACGGUCCAGCUCACGGUGGUCGGCGAUGACGACCAGUCGAUCUACGGCUGGCGUGGUGCGAGCGGCGUCGCCAAUUUUGACGCCCUUGCCGCUGCCACGCCAUCACCGGUCACCAUCCUCCUCGCCGCCAACUACCGGUGCGGGAUCCACAUUCUCCAUGCGGCAUCCCAGGUGAUUGGAUGCAACACCAAGCGCAUGCCCAAGACGCUCCACGCAACUCGUGACAGCGCUACCCAGCUUGUUGCCGUCUUUGCAGGUGACUCACUGGAUGCCGAGUUUGAUCAUAUCGCCGACGCUAUUGCCGCCCGCGGACCGCCGUUUGCCGACGUCGCCGUUCUCUUUCGCUCCGAUCCCAACAACCGCCUCUCCGACCGCCUUGGCGCGCUACUUGGUGCUCGCCUCAUCCCGUUUGUCACCACCCGCAAGGCCCAGCUCAUCGAGACGGUCGAAUUCUCCGGCUUGGCCGAUGCUCUGCAGGCAAAUGAUCGCAACCUCCGCCAAACGUUCAACACCGCCAUGACAAUCCACCCGACUCCCGACGCGCGCCGCAACAUCGACGCGUACAUUCGCGUUGUCCAAAAGGUGGCCGCCGCCGCCGCCGACUCUGCUGGCGUCUCGUCUGAGGCUCGCAGCGGCCUGGCUGUGGCUAUUGACCGCCACCUCCCAUCAGUGGCCAGCCCUGGCCUGCCAACGCUCGGCGGCCUCGUCGCCGACCUCUCUGCGCUCCUUGCGCUGGUCGCCUACGAGCGCUCGUCGAGCGCAGAUGACGACGAGCCGUCCGACUGCGUCACCCUCUCUACCAUCCACGGCGCAAAAGGCCGCGAGUGGCCGGCAGUUUUGUGGCCAACAUUGUCGACGGCGUUCUGCCAUCGCGCAGCGCCGUAACAGGCGUCGAUGCCCACAAAGCUCUCGAGGAGGAGCGCAGACUGCUGUACGUGGCCAUGACCCGGGCUCGUGACGCGCUCUACCUUUGCACCCACUUCAAUGCCGGCUCAGCAGAGCAGACUUUCGACGCCGACGUCAUCCCGACCCGAGCCUCGCGCUUCUUCGACGAGCUGCCUAGUACGACAACCGCUGUCACACUCGCGGAUGGAGUGUCCGAUCCCGGGCUUGAUGGCCUCGUCCGGCGCGUCCGGCGCAAGCGCGGCCGCAUGUCGGCUAAACAGCCGACAGCGGCGGCACCUCUUCGAGCCUCGCACAGUGCAACGGCCUUGCUCGGUGGCUUCACCACAGCUGCAGGUGCUGCGCUGGAAACCC